AUGGCGGCCGGGAGCCCGUGGCGGCCGCCGUCGCCGCCGCCGCUGCUGCUGCUGUUGCUGCUGCUGACGCUGGCGGCGGGCGCGGGCGGCCUGGAGUUCGGCGGCGGCCCCGGGCAGUGGGCUCGCUACGCGCGCUGGGCCGGCGCGGCGAGCAGCGGCGAGCUCAGCUUCAGCCUGCGCACCAACGCCACGCGCGCGCUGCUGCUCUACCUGGACGACGGUGGCGACUGCGACUUCCUGGAGCUGCUGCUGGUGGACGGGCGCCUGCGGCUGCGCUUCACGCUCUCGUGCGCCGAGCCGGCCACGCUGCAGCUGGACACGCCGGUGGCCGACGACCGCUGGCACAUGGUGCUGCUGACCCGCGACGCGCGCCGCACGGCGCUGGCGGUGGACGGCGAGGCCCGCGCCGCCGAGGUGCGCUCCAAGCGGCGUGAGAUGCAGGUGGCCAGCGACCUGUUCGUGGGCGGCAUCCCGCCCGACGUGCGCCUCUCGGCGCUCACCCUCAGCACCGUCAAGUACGAGCCGCCCUUCCGCGGCCUCCUGGCCAACCUGAAGCUGGGCGAGCGGCCUCCCGCGCUCCUGGGCAGCCAGGGCCUGCGCGGCGCCGCCGCGGACCCACUGUGCGCGCCUGCGCGCAACCCCUGUGCCAAUGGCGGUCUCUGCACGGUGCUGGCCCCCGGCGAGGUGGGCUGCGACUGCAGCCACACGGGCUUCGGCGGCAAGUUCUGCAGCGAAGAGGAGCACCCCAUGGAAGGUCCGGCUCACCUGACGUUAAACAGCGAAGUAGGGUCCUUACUGUUCUCCGAGGGGGGGGCCGGGAGAGGAGGAGCCGGCGAUGUGCACCAGCCAACGAAAGGCAAGGAGGAGUUUGUGGCGACCUUCAAAGGAAACGAGUUCUUCUGCUACGACCUGUCCCACAACCCCAUCCAGAGCAGCACGGACGAGAUCACGCUGGCCUUCCGCACCCUGCAGCGCAACGGGCUGAUGUUGCACACGGGCAAGUCGGCCGACUAUGUCAACCUGUCCCUCAAGUCCGGGGCCGUCUGGCUGGUCAUCAACCUGGGCUCAGGAGCCUUCGAGGCCCUCGUGGAACCUGUCAACGGCAAGUUCAACGACAACGCCUGGCACGACGUCCGGGUCACCCGAAACCUGCGCCAGCACGCAGGAAUUGGACACGCUAUGGUAAACAAACUGCAUUAUCUGGUGACCAUCUCAGUGGACGGGAUCCUGACCACCACAGGCUACACGCAGGAGGAUUACACCAUGCUGGGCUCUGAUGACUUCUUCUACAUUGGGGGCAGUCCCAACACGGCUGACCUACCGGGCUCACCCGUCAGCAACAACUUUAUGGGCUGCCUGAAGGACGUGGUCUAUAAGAAUAAUGACUUCAAGCUGGAACUGUCUCGCCUGGCAAAGGAAGGGGACCCCAAGAUGAAGCUGCAGGGGGACCUGUCAUUCCGCUGUGAGGAUGUGGCUGCCCUGGACCCUGUGACCUUUGAGAGUCCCGAGGCUUUUGUGGCGCUGCCCCGCUGGAGCGCCAGACGCACCAGCUCCAUCUCCCUAGACUUCCGUACCACUGAGCCCAACGGGCUGCUUCUCUUCAGCCAGGGCCGGCGGGCUGGGGCCGGGGCUGGCAGCCACAGCUCUGCCCAGCGGGCCGACUACUUUGCCAUGGAGCUGUUGGAUGGCUACCUCUACCUGCUGCUGGACAUGGGCUCUGGGGGCAUCAAGCUGCGGGCAUCUAGCCGCAAGGUCAACGAUGGCGAGUGGUGCCACGUGGACUUCCAAAGGGACGGGCGCAAAGGCUCCAUCUCGGUGAACAGCCGCAGCACGCCCUUCUUGGCCACUGGGGAGAGUGAGAUUCUGGACCUGGAGAGCGAGCUGUACCUGGGCGGUCUCCCUGAGGGGGGGCGGGUGGACCUGCCCCUGCCCCCGGAGGUGUGGACGGCGGCGCUCCGGGCUGGCUACGUGGGCUGUGUGCGGGACCUCUUCAUAGACGGGCGCAGCCGAGAUCUUCGGGGCCUGGCCGAAGCUCAGGGGGCGGUGGGCAUCGCCCCCUUCUGCUCCCGGGAGACACUGAAGCAGUGUGCGUCUGCCCCCUGCCGCAACGGGGGCAUCUGUCGAGAGGGCUGGAACCGCUUCGUCUGUGACUGCAUUGGGACCGGCUUUCUGGGGCGGGUCUGUGAGAGAGAGGCCACGGUCCUGAGCUACGAUGGCUCCAUGUACAUGAAGAUCAUGCUGCCGAACGCCAUGCACACGGAGGCAGAGGAUGUGUCCCUGCGCUUCAUGUCCCAGCGGGCCUACGGGCUAAUGAUGGCCACCACCUCCAGGGAGUCAGCCGACACCCUGCGCCUCGAGCUGGACGGGGGCCAGAUGAAGCUCACUGUCAACCUCGACUGCCUGCGCGUCGGCUGCGCACCCAGUAAAGGCCCCGAGACGCUCUUUGCGGGACACAAGCUCAAUGACAACGAGUGGCACACGGUGAGGGUGGUGCGGCGUGGCAAGAGCCUGCAGCUGUCUGUGGACAACGUCACCGUGGAGGGACAGAUGGCGGGAGCCCACACGCGGCUAGAGUUCCACAACAUUGAGACGGGCAUCAUGACGGAGCGGCGUUUCAUCUCCGUGGUGCCCUCCAACUUCAUCGGGCACCUGAGCGGGCUGGUGUUCAACGGCCAGCCCUACAUGGACCAGUGCAAGGAUGGCGACAUCACCUACUGCGAGCUCAACGCCCGCUUCGGCCUGCGGGCCAUCGUGGCCGAUCCUGUCACCUUCAAGAGUCGCAGCAGCUACCUGGCGCUCGCCACGCUCCAAGCCUACGCUUCCAUGCACCUCUUCUUCCAGUUCAAGACCACGGCCCCCGACGGGCUCCUCCUGUUCAACUCGGGCAACGGCAAUGACUUCAUUGUCAUCGAGCUGGUCAAGGGGUACAUCCACUACGUGUUUGACCUGGGGAAUGGCCCGUCCUUGAUGAAGGGGAACUCAGACAAACCAGUCAAUGACAACCAGUGGCACAACGUGGUGGUGUCCAGGGACCCAGGCAACGUGCACACGCUCAAGAUCGACUCCCGCACGGUCACGCAGCACUCCAAUGGCGCCCGAAACCUCGAUCUCAAAGGGGAGCUGUACAUUGGCGGUCUGAGCAAGAACAUGUUCAGCAACCUGCCCAAGCUGGUGGCCUCCCGGGAUGGCUUUCAGGGCUGCCUGGCCUCGGUGGACCUCAACGGACGCCUCCCAGACCUCAUCGCCGACGCCCUGCACCGCAUCGGGCAGGUGGAGAGGGGCUGUGACGGCCCCAGCACCACCUGCACCGAAGAGUCCUGUGCCAACCAGGGUGUCUGCUUGCAGCAGUGGGAUGGCUUCACCUGUGACUGCACCAUGACUUCCUACGGAGGCCCUGUCUGCAAUGACCCCGGGACCACAUACAUCUUUGGGAAGGGGGGAGCGCUCAUCACCUACACGUGGCCCCCCAAUGACCGGCCCAGCACGAGGAUGGACCGCCUGGCCGUGGGCUUCAGCACGCACCAGCGGAGUGCUGUGCUGGUGCGGGUGGACAGUGCCUCCGGCCUCGGAGACUAUCUGCAGCUGCACAUCGACCAGGGCACCGUGGGGGUGAUCUUUAACGUGGGCACGGACGACAUUACCAUCGACGAGCCCAACGCCAUCGUGAGCGACGGCAAAUACCACGUGGUGCGCUUCACUCGAAGUGGCGGCAACGCCACCCUGCAGGUGGACAGCUGGCCGGUCAAUGAGCGGUACCCGGCAGGAAACUUUGAUAACGAGCGCCUGGCGAUUGCUAGACAGAGAAUCCCCUACCGGCUUGGUCGAGUAGUAGAUGAGUGGCUGCUCGACAAAGGCCGCCAGCUGACCAUCUUCAACAGCCAGGCUGCCAUCAAGAUCGGGGGCCGGGACCAGGGCCGUCCCUUCCAGGGCCAGGUGUCCGGCCUCUACUACAAUGGGCUCAAGGUGCUGGCGCUGGCCGCCGAGAGCGACCCCAAUGUGCGGACCGAGGGCCACCUGCGCCUGGUGGGGGAGGGGCCGUCCGUGCUGCUCAGCGCGGAGACCACGGCCACCACCCUGCUGGCCGACAUGGCCACCACCAUCAUGGAGACCACCACCACCAUGGCCACCACUACCACGCGCCGGGGCCGCUCCCCCACACUGAGGGACAGCACCACCCAGAACACAGAUGACCUCUUGGUGGCCUCUGCUGAGUGUCCGAGUGACGACGAGGACCUGGAGGAGUGUGAGCCCAGUACUGGAGGAGAGUUAAUAUUGCCCAUUAUCACGGAGGACUCCUUAGACCCCCCUCCCGUGGCCACCCGAUCCCCCUUCGUGCCCCCACCCCCCACCUUCUAUCCCUUCCUCACGGGCGUGGGCGCCACCCAAGACACCUUGCCCCCACCCGCGGCCCGCCGCCCGCCCGCCGGGGGCCCGUGCCAGGCCGAGCAGGACGACAGCGACUGCGAAGAGCCCAUCGAGGCCUCGGGCUUUGCGUCCGGGGAGGUCUUUGACUCCAGCCUCCCCCCCACGGACGACGAGGACUUUUACACCACCUUUCCCCUGGUCACGGACCGCACCACCCUCCUCUCACCCCGCAAACCCGCUCCCCGGCCCCACCUCAGGACAGAUGGGGCCACGGGCGCCCCCGGGGUGCUGCUGGCCCCCUCCGCCCCGGCCCCCAACCUGCCCGCGGGCAAAAUGAACCACCGAGACCCGCUGCAGCCCUUGCUGGAGAACCCGCCCCUGGGGCCUGGGGCCCCCACGUCCUUCGAGCCGCGGAGGCCCCCGCCCCUGCGCCCGGGCGUGACCUCCGCCCCCGGCUUCCCCCAUCUGCCCACAGCCAACCCCACGGGGCCCGGGGAGCGGGGCCCGCCCGGCGCGGUGGAGGUGAUCCGGGAGUCCAGCAGCACCACGGGCAUGGUGGUGGGCAUCGUGGCGGCCGCGGCGCUCUGCAUCCUCAUCCUCCUCUACGCCAUGUACAAGUACCGCAACCGCGACGAGGGCUCCUACCAGGUGGACCAGAGCCGGAACUACAUCAGUAACUCGGCCCAGAGCAAUGGGGCAGUGGUCAAAGAGAAGGCCCCGGCCGCUCCCAAGACGCCCAGCAAGGCCAAGAAGAACAAAGACAAGGAGUACUACGUGUGAGCCCCGGCACCGCGCCCCACUGCCAGCUGCCCCUCCCGGGACGGCCCCGGGAGGCGGGUGCGGCCCUCUCCCUGCCGGGGGCUCUGGGGACCCGCUCCCUGGCUGCCUCAGACUUCUCUCACGAAGAGGAAACGCAAAAAAAAAAAAAAAAAAAAAA